AUGAGCACAGCUUACAAAGUUCUGCUCUGUUCUGGUAACAAGGUGGGGGCGAUACAAAAUAUAGCUUUAUUGAAAACUACCUAUCAGAGUUCAUACUAUGAUGACAUUCUUCCGAAUUCGUCGGUGCUUGCUGUAGAUGGCAGCCGAAAAGCUGAUAAAGGAUCAUACUGCAUACUAACCGGUGCACAGACAUACACGUGGUGGGAAGUAGACCUGAGAAGAAGCUACUACAUACACAAACUAGCUAUUUACUUCCGCACUGACUACAGAGAUCGUAAACCCGAUGUAACUGUAUACAGUUCUCUGUCUGUAAACCAGAGUAACGCUGGACACUGGUGUGGAAACACAACUGCAAAUAGUCCGGACAUAACACAUCUGACCUGUGAUGACACCGCUAGAUACAUCACACUCUACAGAAACUCAAUAAUGGACUUCUGUGAGGUUGAAAUAUAUGUUUGUGAUCCUGGCACAUUCGGUGAUGACUGCAACCAGUUUUGUCACUGUCUGGAUGGACCGUGUAACUACACAACUGGAGAAUGUACAGGAGGAUGUAAACAAAACUGGACUGGAAAUACGUGCAGUGUAUGUGAUGCUACUCACUAUGGUCAGUUCUGUGGUGGAGACUGCUCCACAAGACAUUGUAAAAAUGCAUCAUCAACGUGUGACAAGACCACAGGACGAUGCGACAAUGGGUGUACAGCAGGAUGGGUGCCACCAGAUUGUAACACAAGAUGUUCACAGGAUCGAUAUGGACAGGAAUGUAGAAGUAUGUGCAAAGACAGAUAUUGCCAUGGGGUCUCUAAUAACUGUAACCACGUGACUGGAGAGUGUGUCAAUGGCUGCGAUAGAGGAUAUCAUACAAUCGACUGUACAUCUAAAUGUCAAAACUCCUACGGUUUUAACUGUAACAUGUCUUGUGAUGCCAGACGCUGUCUUGGUAGUAAGGAGUGUGACGUUUUUUUUGGAAACUGUACAAGUGGUUGUCAAGCUGGUUUGGAAUUACCUGAUUGCAUCCUUGGUAUGUGA